CGUUACGGAGUAACGAUAGUAAUUAUGCCCGAAUUCGCUACUCCAUUCGCUACUCCAAAAAUUUUUUUUAUGAAACAUGUUUAUUAAAUAUAAGAUAUAGAAGCACAUUUGUAUUGCAUAUAAGAUAAUGCUUAUAUAGGUAACGUGUAAGUAAUGAUCUAAAUGUGAUCUAAAUAAAAAUAGUCAGAAGUAAAAUGGAAGAAUAGUCAGAAGAAUAGUUAGAAAUAAAAUGGAAAUAAACAAUGUAAUUGACUUUAUUUUGAAUGAAGUUGAAAGACAAAUCAACAAAGUAGCAAUUGAUAUGAAAAAUAAUAGUGAAAAGGAUUUAAUUUUAAAUGAAAUUGUGAGACAAAGUAACAAUCAAGAAAAUGUCAUAAAAAAGUCUUACCAACUACGAAGUAAAGUGUACCUAAACAGAAGGAAAAAAAUGAUUUACAAGGAGGUUAAUGCUCCAAAUAUUAACAAAAACGCAAAAACGAAUAAAAAAAAAGGAAACAAAAAAACAGAAACAGAUGCAAGAAAAAACUAUAAAAGUGUUUAUACUGAAGAUGAAGGUGAAAACCAUUUAUAUGAUUCAGAAAAUCAUGUUGAAAAGACUUUAGUUCUUACUCCUCCAGAAGGCAUGGAAAUUAAAAAAAGUCUUAUACCAAAUGCUGGUCUUGGAGUAUUUGCUACUCAAAAUUUUGAUGUUGAUAUAAUCUUUGGACCAUAUCAAGGAAUUAAAAUUCCUUUAGAUGCUCCAAAAGACGAUCUUGAUACAAGCUAUAUGUGGCGCGUUAUGAAAGAUGGAGUUGAUGUGUAUUAUAUAGAUGGGAAGGAUGAGCGAUAUGCUAAUUGGAUGAGGUAUAUAAACUGUUCACGGUAUGAGGCAGAGCAAAAUCUUGAAGCUUUUCAUUGUCAAGGUGAAAUUUAUUAUCGAAUUUAUAAACAGGUUGAAAAAGGAAAGGAGUUUCUUGUUUGGUAUGGAGAUGAAUAUGCAAAAGAUUUAGAAAUAGAAGUGAGUCAUUCCUGUAAAAAGUGUUUAAAUUGUUUUACUUCUGAAGAAUUUUUAAAAACGCAUAUGGAAUAUUGUAAAACCUACAACAAAAAAGCUAAAAUCGGAGCGUUAUUUAAUGAAGUUAAACCGAGCGAGUUUGCUGUCGAUAUAAUAUCUAGUUUUAAUGAUGAUACGUGUAAUGCUACUGAUGUCUCAAUGGAACAUUUUAAGUGUAGUUGCUGUAAUUUGGAAUUCUCUGAGAAAACUAGUUUUGUAAACCACAUGCAAACUCACAGUAGCAAUAAACCUUUAAAGUGUAGCUACUGUGAAUUUGAAUGUGCUCUUAUAUUUGAUUUAACAAAACAUGUAGGGAUUCAUCUUGCUGAGAAACUAAUUAGGUGUACUUACUGUGAUUAUAAAUGUAUGCGUAAUACUGAUAUGAAAAAACAUAUAAAAGUUCAUUCUGGUGUGGCACCAUAUAAAUGUUGGAUUUGUGGUUAUCAAUAUACAUUCGAAAACACACUAAAGAAACACUUAAAUACUCAUCGCAAUGAAAAACCAUCCAAAUGUAAAUACUGUGAAUACGAAUGUAAUAAUGAAUUUGAUUUAAAAAGACAUUUACAAUCUCACUAUAUUGUAAAACUAAUAAAAUGUACUUAUUGUGAUUACAUAUUUAAUGGACGAAAAAAUUUUGCAUCGCAUAUGCGAACUCAUACUGGUGAAAAACCGUACAAAUGUUCUUAUUGUGAGUACAGAAGUUCGCAUAAAUCAAAUUUCACCGUUCACUUGAGAAAUCACACCAAUGAGAAACCAUAUAAAUGUACCUACUGUAAAUACGAAUGCAAAUCGAAAUGUAGUUUAACCCUUCAUAUAAGAACUCACACCAAUGUCAAGCCAUACAAAUGUGCUUAUUGUGAUUAUAAAUCUUCAUCAAAGACAAGUAUGACGUUUCAUAAAAGAAAACAUACGUUAGAAAAACCGUACCAUUGUUCUCUCUGCGAUUAUAAAUGUUCGUUUAAAGCUUAUCUAACGACUCAUCAUCGAACUCAUACAAACGACAAACUAUUUAAAUGCACAUUAUGCGAUUAUAAGAGCAAUGUCAAAUCAAAUUUAACAAAACAUUUAAAGCAGCAUAAAUAAGUUUUUUAAAGUUUCAAUGAAGUCUUUAACCUUUUUCUUAAUUUUGAGAUUACAGAGGUUAUAGGUUAUGUAAUCAUUUUUAGAUUUACAAAAAAUUAUUUACUAAUGUAACAUUUAAAAAAUAUAUCAUAUUUACUUAACUAGGUUUUUCGGGAUUUUUUUUCUAAGGGAUUUUCCGUAAUUUACACAAAGCUGAAUUUAUUAUAAAAACAGAAGUAAACAGAUCUUAAGCUCUUUUACGCGGUAAUUAUCAGAUUGUCGUACUAUUUUGAUUUCUGAUUUAACUUAAUACUCUGCGAGGGAAAAUUUUUUUGUUUUAUUUAUUAGUGAAAUUUUGUUGCGUAAUUAAAUCUAAUAAAAUAAUAAAUUGUAUAAGGCAUUAUAAAUUCAGUUAUUACACAACCAUUCAAUAUGUCAAACUAAAAUUCUGCUACAACCAAAAAUCAAGAGACGUAUGGAAAAUGAAUUCGAUUCACUUCACAGACGUAUGGAAAAUGAAUUCACGAUUCACAGAAAUGUAAAAGACUACGUAAGAGUAAAUCUCAAAAAUCAUCAUAUGUAAAAUGACAACAAAUUGGCAAAUAAUUAACCGAUACACCAGCUUGGCAUCAGACUGUAAAAAUGUGAAAGGACGUAUAGAGAAAAUUUCAGAUGAAUGUUUAGAACUAUGGUCUAAUUUGUAUUUUCCAACUAUAGAUAAAAGACCAAUGUCAAAAAUAAUAAAAAUUGAUAAAAAAGAGACAAAUAGAAAUGAAAAAACCAGGUACUUAUAAUUUUGAUGUAUUAGUAUUAACAAAGGAGGACGGACUUUGAUUACAUUCAGAAGAUAAAAGUCUUUAUUUAAAGCAAUUAGAGACAUCUGGUAUAGUUGGAUAUACUAUAAUGAAUCUUGAUGAUCCUAAAGAAAUAAAUCCUUUAGAGAAAAUUAAAAUUGGAAACGUUUCAUCAAGCCAUCAACUUCAAUUCUGAAUGAAUACAGAAAGGAACACAAAAGUAGUAACAAGUCAGCAAGUGACAGUGAUGAUCUAUGGUGAUGAAUGUGUUGGCUUUCAGAAACCUCUCUGUGUUUGUUGUCAACACCAUAUAUUAGAUCGAUUAUUAAAGUUAUAUCUGGAUGACGUUUUUGAAGUGAAUGAAUAAUGUUGAAGUGAAUGAAAAUGAAUAUCAAUUCAUCUGAAUUGUCAUAUUUUGUUGAAGCAAUAAACAGUAAAUAUGACUAAUUAGCAUUGAACUUUGACAAUAGUGGUGCACAAUUGAAGGAGAAUGAACUAAAAUGGAGAGAUAACAUGAAGUUUUUAAAACAUCUGAUUAACGUAGUGAAAUACGUUUGGAAUGAAAAGAAAUUUCUUAAGGUUAAUUUUAUAGGUUUAUCAAAUAUUAGCCAAUCUAGAUUGAACUCCCGGGCAAUUUGUUUACUAGUUGCUUGCAUAGUAUUUCAUUCAGAUAUACAGCAACUUGAGAUGGCAGUUAGACUUCUUGCUGGAAAACUAGCAGAGAUCUGAUUUUCCAACCAAAUGUUUAACCCUGAAAAUGGUAAAGAAUUAGAGGAAGCCAUAAAAGAUCACCCAAAGGAUAUCAAUACAUUCACAAAGUUUUAGUGUGAUAUUCCUUCGCUUAUACACAAGAGUCCAAAAUUUGUGCCGAGCAGUAAAAGAUUUAAAAGAUAUCAAACAUGAAGUCUUUGCAACUCUGAAGAAACUUUGUAUUUGAAUAUUUAUUAACAAAUCACGAUUAUAGCAAAUGCAAACCUUUUUAGUUAUUGUAGUUUUAUCAAUAUAAAUUUUUAAACAUUUUAA